AUGUUGAGACUCAUUGUUAACCCUAGUAGGGCAUUGGCAACUCAGGUUAUCUGUAAGCCUUUAAGUAGCGCGUCUAUUCGCCACCAAGUUGUAAACUACUCAACCGCCAAAACCACUCGAUCCUCCAAAGAUAAGGAAGCUGCUUAUUUGAAGAAGAAGCUUCAAACAGCCAAGGAUAAAAAGAAAUCGAUUGAACAAGACCUCAAGGACAAAACCAGAGAAAUCAGAGAGUUGAGUAAAGAACGUAAAAAGAAGGCAGCAACCCAAGAAAAGACUAAAUUGAAAGAACAAAAGGAAGCUGAGAAACAUAAGGCUUUCUUGAAAGAUACAUUGAGAGAACCACGUUCAUUAAAUGUUCACAACUAUUUUGCCAAAGCAACCAAGACUCCAGUGUAUGAAUUGAAGGAGAAAUUUGCAGAGUUGUCCGAAUCCGAAGUUGCUAAAUAUAAAGAGGCUACUAACAAGUACAAUCAUGCAUUGAAAUCAAUAUUGACACCUAAACCGGUCUUGGGCCCUACUUCAGCCUAUCAAAAUUUCGUUAGUCAAAAUUAUCCUCCAGAUGUAUCUGGACGUGAAGCAAUGACAAGAUUGGCAGCAAAAUGGAAAGCAUUGUCCGAUGAAGAGAAAAAGUCAUUUGAUGUGCCUGAUCAUGAAGUCGAAAGGAUUAAAUCUCUUCAAAAGCAAUGGGAAAAGACUAGAGAAGAAGAAUAUCCGAAAUUGGUGAAGUUUAAACAAGAGUACAAAUUCACAAUCUAA